AUGCCGGGUUUGAUUUUGGUUAAUGAAUUCGUUGAUGAAACGAGAGAGGAUUAUAAUUCUCCUACGACUUCAACCUUUGUUUCUCGAAUGGCUGAUUGCAGGCAAACAAUCGCCAAUUUAGAAGAGACUCUGGACUACGACAGAGAUGGAUUGCUUAAGAUGAAAAAGGCAAUCAAAGCCAUUUAUAAUUCGGGCAAUGCUCACGUAGACAAUGAAAUGUACCUGUCCAGAGCGUUAGAUCGAUUGGGAACUGCUUCAUUGAAUAAAGAUCAGGAGCCGGAUAUAGCGGCAGCUUUCAUGAAAUUUUCCGUCGUCACGAAAGAAUUAUCGGCUUUAAUGAAAACUUUGAUGCAAAACAUCAACAACAUCGUCAUGUUUCCCGUCGAAAGUCUUCUCAAGGGUGAUUUAAGAGGGGUUAAAGGGGAUUUGAAAAGGCCGUUCGACAAAGCAUGGAAAGAUUACGAAACGAAAUAUGCGAAAAUUGAAAAAGAAAAAAAGCAACAAGCCAAAGAAGCUGGUUUAAUAAGAACGGAAAUCACAUCAGCGGAAAUUGCCGAAGAAAUGGAAAAAGAAAGGAGGUUGUUUCAAUUACAAAUGUGCGAAUACCUACUCAAAGUGAACGAAAUCAAAACGAAAAAAGGAAUCGAACUUCUCCAGCAUUUGGUCGAAUAUUAUCACGCUCAAACAAAUUAUUUUCAAGAUGGACUGAAAACGAUCGAACAUUUCGGUAAUUACGUUGCUGAUUUAUCAAUCAAAUUGCAAAAAAUAAGGCAGAAACAAGAUGAAGAGAGAAAACAGUUAUCAGAGUUGAGAAAUGUUUUGAGGAGCGCACCUGGUUUUGAAAAAGAAAUGACAGCACCUGGUAUAGGCACACCUGGAACGGAAAAAAGCGGAACUGGAUAUAGUUUGCAUCAAUUACAAGGAGAUAAACAUGCGGGAUUGACAAGAUCAGGGCAUUUAUUUAAAAAGUCUGAGGGUAAAAUGCGAAGAGUUUGGCAAAAGCGAAAAUGUCGCGUUCAAGCCGAAGGAUUUCUAGAUAUUUUUCACGCUGACGAAUCUAAACCACCUACAAGAGUUAAUUUAUUAACGUGUCAAAUUAAAAACGUCGGAGAUGAUAAAAGAUGCUUCGAUUUAAUUUCAUAUAACCGAACGUACCACUUUCAAGCCGAAGACGAAUCAGACCAAAGAGCAUGGCUUUCAGUUUUGGUUAACUGUAAGGAUACCGCGCUGAGAAGAGCGUUCGACGACAGCGGGGGAAAAACCAAUGAAUCAUCUAGUCUAUGGGAGCUACAACAAGCCAUUAUAAGACUGGUGCAAAGGUUACCUGGAAAUCAUGCUUGCUGUGAUUGCAAUUCUAUGAAUGAUCCAACGUGGUUAUCAACUCAUUUUGGCAUCAUAGUUUGCAUAGAAUGUUCCGGCAUUCACAGGGACCUCGGCGUUCACAUUUCACGUAUACAAAGUCUUACUUUAGACAAUAUAGGUACAUCACAACUUCUGCUGGCCAGGUAUAUGACAAAUCAAGCUUUCAAUAGCGUGAUGGAAGCAAAUCUUCACGGUCCCAAAUUAACCCCAUACAGUUCCAUGGAAGAAAGGUACGAAUACAUCAGAGCCAAAUACGUCGAUCACAAAUUUGUCAGAAGAUUAUGUAGAGAUGAGCAUGACUUAUUAAGCGAAUUAGAACACGCUGUCAAUAAUAAAAGUCUUCAUCAUUUACUCCAAGUUUAUGCUGAAGGUGUCGAUCUCACUGCAGAGUUACCAACAUCUGAAAUCGGUGAAACUGCCCUUCAUUUAUCGAUAUUACGGGAAAUGGGAGAUUCUCUUCAUCUAGUCGAUUUUUUAGUUCAAAAUAUGCCUCCUGCAGGAUUAGAUAAACCGACUUCGCUAGUCCAAGAUAAUUUAGAAAAUUCACUCAAUACCCCCCUUCAUCUUUGUGCCAUUCAUGACAAAGUAGAGUGUAUGAAACUUUUGCUCAGAAGCGGAGCUGAUCCUUUAAAAAAAAAUGCAACAAAUCGAACAUCUUUAGAUAUAGCUAUCGACAAAAGGCAUGAAUCAUGCGAAGAAUUGUUGAGACACGCACUCCAACGAAAGAAAACAUUAUUUGAAAAUGUCAAUAUCGAAUGGAAUCUUUCACACGACGAAGGAUCCACCGAUCUUUCGGAUGAUGAAACGAUUGUUGACGAAAGGAACGGUUGCAUCACUCCUGAAAAAAAAUGCAGAUCCAGACCUCCGAGUUUUGCCGGCGGGGAUAGUCCGGUUAACCACAGGUCGAGAACAUGUGAAUCCGUUGACGUAUCUUCAGGAAGGUUGACGAUGCCGCCACCGUUACCCCUCGGAAGGAAACCUCAUAUUGGUGAUGAUGUUCAACCAGUUAAUAUUAGUGUUAGUUUAAAAAAAAGGGCUGCUCCACUUCCUCCAGUUACCAGUCUGUAUGGAUCAAUAGGUAGUAGUCAUAGUAGAACUCCCAGUGAUCCGCUACAAAACGCACCACCACCUAAUAUUUCAACAGCAAGUUAUCAUUCUGGAAAUAUGCACAAAAGAAGUCCAAGCACUGAUUCUACAAAACAAUUGGUCGGUGCGAAAUUGGUUCUUCCUCCCAACGAAAUACCGCCCACGUUGAAACCGGUCGAUAGGAGUGGGAGUUGCACGCCAAAUUUAUCAGGUAUUAAAAGGCCGUUAGGUCCUCCACCUCCCACGCCAAGUAGAUUAUCUCACGGAAGAUCAAACGAAAGUUUAUCUUCAAUGUCGAGUGAAGUCGAUGGUACAACUCAACUCAAUCCAGUACCGCCUCCAAGAAAGCUAAAACACGAUCGAUUACGUCUAGAAAGUUACGCUGAAGAAACAGAUGUUGGACUUGCAUUGCCGAUGCCGUCAUCGAGUCAGCCCAACACUCCGACGUCGGCGAGCGAGACGCGAGGAUCGAGGAAUUCCCUUUUAUCCGUGAGCACGUCAUCGAGUACAAAUUUGACAUCGACGUAUCCGAGAGAGGAAAGGAUUUACUGCAACACGUCGGAUUUGAGUCCGAGAGAGUGUUCGGGAGGUUCGUCGGGAGGUUCGAACAAUUCGAAAACACGCGAGCCGAAUUACGUGUCGCGCGACUCCAUAAGUCAAAAUCUCCUCGCGAAAAGCCACAAUUAUUUCAACAAGAAGGAUGACGCGGCGAAAAGUUCGGAGCAACGAACGAGUCGGAGCAAUUCCAAUUUCGUCAUGAAAAGAGUCAGAGCGUUGUACGAUUGCGAAGCCGACAGAGAAGACGAAUUGAGUUUCAAAGUCGGUGACAUAAUCAUCGUGACGAAUCAACAAACGGAUGACGACAAUUGGAUAGAAGGAGCUUUGGAAACGGAUCCCGAACACACGGGAAUGUUUCCGAUAAGUUUCGUUGAAAAAAUACCCGAUUGA